AUGGCUGCUGCAUCGCCGGCGGAUCGCGCGGAGGAAGUCAAGAAUCUCCUGAGCGCAGUCGAAGACCUCCUAAUCCCCUUCAUCCGCAGCGCGGACUUAGACCCUCUCAGCUCUAAAUCUCUCACAGCAAACGACCAGAAAGAUGGCACAUCGCUAGUCGAGCACAAGAAGCCAGAGGAACUACAAGAGCUGCUUCAGCUGAGCCUGCCGCAGGAAGGUACCGGGCAAAAUGGUCUGGUGGACGUCCUCCGCCAGGUCCUCCGCUACUCGGUCAACACCUGGCACCAGGGCUUCCUGGACAAGCUGUACGCCUCGACCAACGCCCCCGGCGUCGCCUCGGAGCUCAUCCUCGCUGCGCUGAACACCAACGUCCACGUCUAUCAGGUCUCGCCCGCCCUCACCGUCAUCGAGAAGUACACGGGCCGACGACUGGCCUCGCUGUUCGGCCUCACGGGGCCCCGCGCCGGCGGCAUCUCCGUGCAGGGCGGCUCCGCCUCCAACACCACCUCGAUCGUGAUCGCGCGCAACAACCUCUACCCGGACACCAAGCGCGAGGGCAACGGCUCGUAUCGGUUCGUGCUCUUCACGAGCGCGCACGGCCACUACAGCAUCGAGAAGGCGGCGCAGAUGCUGGGACUGGGCAGCAGCGCCGUGUGGGCCGUCCCCGUCGACAGGCAGGGCCGCAUGAUCCCCGCGGAGCUGGAGCGACUCAUCCAGCAGGCGCUCGCCGAGGGCCGCACCCCGUUUUACGUCAACGCGACGGCCGGCACCACUGUGCUGGGCUCCUUCGACCCGUUCGCCGACAUCGCCGCCCUAUGCAAGCGCUACAACCUCUGGUUCCACGUCGACGGCUCCUGGGGCGGCUCGUUCAUCUUCUCCGCCGCCCAGCGCCACAAGCUCGCCGGCGCUGAGCUGGCCGACAGCAUCGCCAUCAACCCGCACAAGAUGCUCGGCGUCCCCGUGACGUGCUCCUUCCUCCUAGCCGCCGACCUCCGCCGCUUCCACCGCGCCAACACCCUUCCUGCCGGCUACCUCUUCCACAACCCGGACACAGCCGAAGAGGAACAAGAACAGGAGCGGGGAUGUGGCACCUCCGAAGUCGACGUCGAUUCGCCCGAGGUCUGGGACCUGGCUGACCUGACACUGCAAUGCGGCCGGCGCGCCGACUCGCUCAAGCUCUUCCUGGGCUGGACCUACUACGGCACCGCGGGCUACGAGCGCCAGAUCGACUCCGCCUGCGCCGUCGCCGCGCAUCUUGCCACCUUGCUCCAGCACAACGACAACUUCAUCCUCGUCAGCGAGAAUCCUACCCCGUGUCUGCAAGUAUGCUUCUACUACGCCCCCAACCGCCAGAUGGUGUACCCGCGCCGUGACGGGUCUGUCAGGUCGGCCGCCGCCGAAGCCCAGAGGGCCAAGGCCAACAGCAAGGUGACGGAGCAGGUAACGCAUGCGAUCGUCCGCAAGGGGUUCAUGGUGGACUUCGCCCCGCCCAGCGGCGAUGAGGAUGCGGUCGGCGAUGGCAAGUUCUUCCGUUGCGUCGUCAAUGUGCAGACGACGAAGGAGACAGUCGAGAUGCUGGUCGGAGCCAUCGAGGAGGUCGGCCCGGCCAUUGUCGAGAAGUUGAGGGCUGCAGAUCAUAAAUUGCGCGCUGAGUUGCCGCCGCGGAGAUCGCUGGAACGCGGUCACGGGCCUGUCGUGCAUCACCAUUAAGGCAGCUUUGCUCUGGGCCUCUGUGGAAGUUUAGCCUACGUUCGC